CGCACCAUUAGACCGCCAUCUCUGAAGGAUCAUGUAUCACUUUGUAUCCGAGCAAACUCCGGAGCUGCGGCUCUCGGCUGAGGCAUUGGUCACGAGCCACGUGACACAGUACCUCAAGAGCUUCCAGCUGGAUGCCGUUCGCUUUCUCUACGAUCGUCUUGCCAAGCGGGAAUUCUGCAUCCUGAACGAUGAGAGUGGCCUGGGUAAACUGGCCACGGUGGCGGCACUUCUCAGUGCCCUAGAUCCCGCCAAGAAAACUCUUAUUGUGCUGCAGAACGACGAGCAAUUGCUCGCUGGUUGGCGGUUCCAUCUGGACACACUCACGAACCUGCAGGUGUACACCAUUCAAGGAGUCCAAGACACCACAGACUCCCCGCACAACGUUUACCUGGCAAAGUGGAGCCAGUUACGCAGCAUUGGAGAUCUCAGUCGCCUCAAGUUCGACUACGUUCUGGUAGACAAUCGGGGCCACACGCUGAACAACAGCUUCUGCACAUCAAUGCUUCUCAAGCAUUUUGAGGGAAGGGUAAACAUUCUUAUCUCCAGUGUUGACAUUACGUCAGACGUAAAGUUGCUGUUCAAUGUUUUGCGGUUGGGCGGGCGCCUGGAGCAUCAGUAUCGGAGCUUCCAGAGCUUCGACCGCAAGUUCCAUUUGCCAGAUCCAAAGGAGGUCUUUAGCAAGCGUAUAGAUCUCGAGGAGUACUACAAGCAGCGGGGAUUCCUCAGCGAGUAUAUCAAGGACUUCCGACUACGUCGAUUCCGGCAUCAGUUCGACAAAAUACUGCCGCUCGUCGCAACGGAUCAAUACAAGCACAAUUUGAGCCUCUGGCUGGCCUCGAAAAACAGCCAAAGUACACUUAGUGGCUCUUCGGAGGUGUGCUCCACAAUCGCAUCGGCAGAGAACAAUCAGGCUCAGCAAAACGAAUCAGUUGUGGUUGAAGAUACGGAUAAGUUAUCCGACCACAGCGUGGAUGAUGUUGUGGCUAUGUCACCGCUGGUCUUUGAAUCCUCCGACUCUGACGUAGAACCCAUAACAGUGGAGCCUGCAGCCGAUCAAAAUCAGGUAUUAGUGGUAUCCAGCGAUGAUUGCGAGAUAGUGACGCCUCCAAAUACUCCGCCAAAUCGAACGCCUACCGCAAUCGAAUCGCCAAGAACAAAAUCAAAGAGAAAAUUUAGCAAGAGGAAGUCACCGCAGAAAAAAGCAGACCUCACCGAUUCCGAGGAGGAUGAUGAAGUGAUAGAAGUGGCGCCCAAAAAAAGAACUCGUGCGGCCACCGUAUCCUUUACUCCCAAGACAAGGAAACUCAAUGUGCGACUGUUAAGGGUUUCCAUGGAUACUUUAAGCACACCACCCCCAUCGGGAAAAGCUCCAACGCUUGCAACGCCCAAAACAGAGCCUUCAACUAGAAGGAAAAAACAGUCCAAGCAGUCGGUGAGUCCAAUGGAUACAGGUCGUCCGGCUACAAGAGGAAUGCAGCGUUUAACACGUUCCGCUGAAUCGAAAAUAAAUAGCAAGUACCUAAAGCGCCACGCACUGGAGGAUGGCAAGCGAAGCACUUCGAAAAGAAUCAAGGCUGAGGGGAAUCAAACGCCCAAGACUAGCAAACCCAGGGUGAAGCAGGAGGCGAAUGUAAGGCCUGUGGCCAAGCAGGAGAAGAAACAAAAAGCAGAGGAGAAGCCCGCGCAGGAAACUCCUAAGCGGAAGGCGGGACGUCCAAGGAAAUGCAAACUUGAACCUACAGCCCAAAAGAAAUCCCGCAACAAGCCGGAUCCCAAACCCUUGCCCCCGACCCCACAAGUGCUCAGCGGUAGUUCCUUGUCCUCGGAGUACAUGCAAUGUGCUCAGCGAAUACCAGACAAUUUGGAUGCCAUGGAGUCUCCCGCUUUUCGGGUGCCCUUCACCCCUCAGCAAACUCCAAUGCUUUUAACCUUGCCAUCGACUUUUAAUUUGCUUAAGGACUCGGAGGUGGUGGCUAUUCCGCUGUCUAAAGAACAAGUUGAAACUGUGGUAAUUAAUAGCUCCCACGAUGAGAGUUCGCCGCAGGAUCCAUCGCAGAGUCGACGCACCAAAGCUCUGAAGCGUAAGCGCAAACCGGAAACGCCGAAGAGUUCCAGUUUUGGCGGCGGCUUGGGAUUGCCACCGGCUAAGAGGAGUGCCAACAAAUCACCAGAUUUGUUUAGCAUCUCUUCAGAUCUCUCGCAGAUUCCUCUGGCCCAGCCUCGACCCUCCUCUCCUUUUGAAGGAUUCAAGAUCUUCGGCUCUGAGGUGAAGCAAUUCCAGCAGCAGCAUGCUAAAACAAAUGUUACAGCGCCAAAGAAGAAGCGUGAUCGAUCCUGUUUGGACAUUCUGGAACAAAUGUUUGAGCCACGAGAGCAACAGGCUAAAACCAGUCCCAAAGUGUUGCCUACCUUGCCACUGACUCAGAAAGAUGACUUAGCGCCCACCAUUACACAGAGAAGGAGAACCCUGUUGGAAGAUGACUUCUUUGAGAUCACCAACAACGGACAGUUUGGCAGUCGAAUGAGGUUGAAUUCUUCUGGAGAGGUAUCACCCGUACAACAAGAUCAACAGUCUGCCAGGCCGACUCAGGCCAAUAAAAUCACUAAUUACUUGAUAGGUUCUGGAAUUACCCAGGAAAAAACGCAGCCCACGAGUGGAAAUCGCAAUUCCAUCGUUGCUGCGCUGCGAAAGUCCCCCAAAUCUCCGAAACAGAGCGGAAAAUCCACACAGGCAACGAAGCUUACCCGCUGGUUUGGCUCUGUUUUCGGCGGAGGAGCCUCGCAGACCAGCUCCGUGGAAUCGGUUAGCGCACCAAGUACACCGGUGGGUCCUUCCACGAGUGCAGCAGCCUGUCAAACGCGAUCAGCGAGAAGUGGUGGAGCUGCAGGACCCACCAAAAGAAAGCGAUUGGAACUGUUCAAAUAAUGAGCAGGAUAUAUAUAGCAACCGCUUUAAGGAAAGCACUUAAAUUAAGUUAACAGAUAACAGCUAAAUUUUCACGGACAGGAUUCUGAGUUUUAAAUAUAACAUUAAAGAAAUAUCUUGGCCAAGAAAUCGGAACGUGAAAAUAUAGCAUUAGUUAUUUAAUCAAAAGCCAAUCAACAGUUAACAGCAUCCAAACUUGGACAAAAAACUCUUCUUAGGUUGUAAUAACAAUGUGGUACAAUGUUAACCGUAGAGAAUCAGAGCAAUUAACUAGCCAAUUUAGUUAUAUUUCUAUUUUUUUGCACACUUCGAGGAUUAAUUUACCAUACAAUUGAAAAGACACUGGACAUUAUCGGCCAUUCAUUAUUUAAAUCACCACCUUAUAGUCAUCAAUUAAUCACUUUUUAGUAAAAGUGCGUUUUCAAGUUAAAGUAAAUAAAGUUUAGAGAUUUAUGCCGUUUCUCAUUUAAUAAGUUCUAAUAUGUGCCCACCUUGAAACAUAUAUGCCAGUAAUUGGCCGAGUUUUUAGCUAAAUUAUUUCUAUACGCAUUGAAGAGCGUAAUAACCGAUUUUAAUGUGACGAUAGUUAUCGUUUUUAAAGAAAAUAUCAUAUAAUUUCAAUACUUAAAAGUUUUGCAUGUAAGAAAUAAACAAAAUUUAUGAAGGGUUCAGAUACAAAACA